AUGGACACCAACGGGCCUCCUUCCCAUAUGGGUCCCACACUGCCAAUGAGUGGUGGUACACCCCUAGCACCAAAUAACCAAGGUGGAAUUGAUGAAUUGAGCGAGAAGCAGCUCACACCAGAAGUUUUACAAAUUUUGAUGACGUUCUUGAGGAAGAAUGGACUAUCAGAAACUGAAGAAGCUCUGUCGAAGGAAGCAAAUAAUCUUCUUGUGAUGGGUGAUGAUGCCGCAGCGGCCAAUUUUCCUAGCAGUGAGGCUCUGAUGUCCGAAUUCGAUUCGCUCAUACAGUUUGUGGAUUCGUCGUUCGACUUUUUUCAAGCGGAAUUUCAGCCUUAUGUUGUAUCCGAUAUUUGCGCAUUCCUAUAUCAAACUGCUCAUGGAGAACUCCCAAGAGAAUUCUUCAAACGAUAUUGCAAACGAAUACCGACACCAUACGAGGAACUGGUCUACAAGCUCGAACGGAUUCAGUCUGCGCAUCAGGCCCAAGCUGACACUUAUGAAAAAUCCAUUUCUGGUGAAAAUGUCCUAAGUCAUCAAUCAAAACAGUUGGAAAUUCCUCUAGCACGAACGCCAACGAUUAAAAAUAUUGCUAAGGACCACAUUACUAUAGAAGCAUCAGAUGUCAUUUCCAAGUUGAGAUCAAGCGUUGAGUCACAAAUGGGUGGAAUACUUGGUCAAGUCUCCAGAAACGAGAAGAGACACAAGAUGUACUACGGUGUUCUCAAAGACGACGUGUCACAAACAAUUGAAAAGAAGAAAACGCGAGGAAAAGAGUUGAAGGACAACAAGAAAAGUCAAGCACUUGCACCGGUUCCGGAUCGAAUCCCUCUACCUCCUCUUAGCGAAGCACUGCGGGAAGAGCGACGAAAAGCAAUGCGGGUACGGUUCAUCGUGUUUAUUUGUAUUAGUUUGCUUAGUGUUCAUCCU